GAUCUUUUGGACCCCAGAGGACGGUUCCUCGGAUCACAGACCCCUCUGGCACACUUAAAUACGAGACAGUUCUGGCCGGUUGAGCCUAUUCCAACGAAGCCGCGAUGGGAUGGGCUCGCGCCUGUGCCGGGAUUUUCUCAGGCAGCCUUUCGGGCAGCCCCGAACGGGUCCUCUCGGGGCCUUCCUGCCUUUGAACGGCGGUGGCGGGCGGGCACACCGUCUCCCGCAGGCCAGAGAGUAGGGGCCGCCAUCUCCAUGGCCACAGCUAUGAGUGGGUCCAGCGCUGGCGGGUCGCGGGACAUCCUGUGGCGCGUUCUGGGCUGGAGGAUAGUUGCCAGUAUUGUUUGGUCAGUGUUGCUUCUGCCCAUUUGUACCAUGGUAUUUAUAAUCUUCAGCAGCAUUGAUUUAUUUCAUCCUAUACAGUGGUUGUCAGAUUCUUUCAAUGACCUGUACAGUUCCUACGUAGUCUUUUACUUCUUGCUGUUGUCAGUGGUAAUAAUAAUAAUAAGCAUUUUCAAUGUGGAGUUCUAUGCAGUUGUGCCUUGUAUUCCCUGCUCCAGACUGGCAUUGAUAGGGAGGAUCAUUCAUCCUCAGCAACUCAUGCACUCGUUUGUGCAUGCUGUGAUGGGAAUGGCGACGGCAUGGUGCGCAGCAGUGAUCACCAAGGGCCAAUACAGUUUUCUUGUGGUUGCCUGCCCUGGUACUGAGAGUUUAGAUAGCCCUGUUGCACAAACCUGCUUAAACGAAUAUCAUCUUUUUUUCCUACUGGCUGGAGCAUUCAUGGGCUAUAGCUAUAGCCUGCUGUAUUUUGUUAACAACAUGAACUAUCUUCCAUUUCCCAUCAUACAGCAAUACAAGUUCCUGCGCUUUCGGAGAUCUUUGAUCUUACUAGUUAAACAUAGUUGUAUGGAGUCACUGUUCCUGGUUAGAAAUUUCUGCGUUGUAUAUUAUUUUCUUGGCCAUAUACCCAAAGCUUGGAUUAGCACUGCUAUGGACCUUCACAUAGAUGAGUAAGCAGUUUCACAGGCUCUUGACACAGUAAGUGGCCUCUUGAACCUUUCAUUACUCUACCACGUCUGGCUAUGUGGUGUCUUCCUUCUGAUGACUUGGUAUAUCUCGUGGAUGCUCUUCAAGAUCUAUGCCACAGAGGCUCAUGUGUUCCCUGUUCAACCACCAUUUGCAGAAGAAUCAGAUGAAUGCCUACCGAAAGUUUUAAACAGCAAUCCCCCCCUCAUCAUAAAGUAUUUAGCCUUGCAGGACUUGAUGCUGCUUUCUCAAUAUUCUCCUUCUCGAAGACAAGAAGUUUUUAGCCUCAGCCAACCAGGUGGACAUCCCCAUAAUUGGGCUGCCAUUGCCAGAGAGUGCUUAAAUCUUUUAAAUGAUAUGACUCAGAAACUGGUUCUCUACCAAGAAGCUGCUGCUACAAAUGGGAGACUGUCUUCAUCAUACCCAGUGGAACCUAAGAAAUUGAAUUCUCUAGAAGAAACUGCUCUUCAGACACCAAAAUCUAGCCAUAUGCCUCGGCCUUCAAUGCCACCAUUAGCUAAAACGACACUGUUGUCUUCAAAGUUACCUACACCUGGUGUUUCAAGUCCCUUUGGGACUCCGUUUGGCUCUAGUGUGGUGAAUCGGAUGGCGGGAAUUUUUGAUGUAAACACCUGCUAUGGAUCACCACAAAGUCCUCAGCUUUUAAGAAGAGGGCCAAGAUUAUGGACUUCUGCUUCUGAUCAGCAAAUGUCUGAAUUUUCUAAUCCAUCUCCACGCACCUCUGUUAGUGCUGAGGGUAAGACAGUGCGACAGCCCAAUGUGAUUUACUCAUGGAUUCAGAAUAAGCGUGAACAGACUAAGAAUUUCUUGUCAAAACGGGUGCUGAUAAUGUACUUUUUCAGUAAGCACCCAGAGGCCUCCAUUCAGGCUGUUUUUUCAGAUGCCCAAAUGCAUAUUUGGGCAUUAGAAGGUCUGUCUCACUUAGUAGCAGCAUCAUAUACAGAAGAUAGAUUUGGAGUUGUCCAGACUACACUACCAGCUAUUCUUAAUACUUUGUUGACACUCCAAGAGGCAGUGGACAAGUACUUCAAGCUUCCCCAUGCUUCCAGUAAACCACCCCGGAUUUCAGGAAACCUUGUGGACACUUCUUAUAAAACAUUAAGAUUUGCAUUCAGAGCAUCACUGAAAACUGCCAUCUAUCGAAUAACAUCUACAUUUGGUGAACAUCUGAAUGCUGUGCAAGCAUCUGCAGAACAUCAGAAAAGACUUCAACAGUUCUUGGAGUUCAAAGAAUAGUUAAGUAACAUAAACUGUGUUCAUUACACUGCUGAUACAAGUACAGAUGGGACAGUAAAUGUGCAGCAUUCUUGGAUCAGAAGAAAAUGGACUAAUUAGAUGCUUCCUUUGUCCUGGUGGUUGCUUUGAAAACUAUACUUUAAUGGGAGAAAUCAUGGAAAGAAAUUCUCAGCAGAAUAACUGAAA